AUGGCGCCCAAAAGGAAAGUAGCAGUUAGCAAGGUUGCCAAGCCCAAGCCCAAUUCUAAGCCCGAGUCCAAGACCAAAGCGAAGGCGCCAAAGGUGGCUAAAACUUCUACCAAUGGGAAGCCUAUACCACCUCCGACCUCACAUGCAUACAAGUAUGAAGGUAACCCAGACACUGGGAUAAACUAUUGGCUCAUAAAGUCUGAACCGGUCUCGAGAAUCGACCCAAAGACUCAACAGGAUGUGAAAUUUCCGUUAUCAGACUUGGUGGGAAAAGAUAUAGAAGAAACGUGGGAUGGAGUCAGAAACUAUGAAGCUAGGAAUAACAUGGUUGUGAUGUCAAAGGGCGACAUCGCAUUAUUCUAUCACUCCAACUGCGACACACCAGGCAUAGUAGGAGAAGUGGAAAUAAGCCACGAAGCACAUGUAGACGAAACACAGUUUAACACAAAGCACAAGUCAUAUGAUUCCAAAUCAACUCGGGAAAACCCAAAGUGGUGGUGUGUAGAUGUUAAAUUCCGCAGAAGGUUUAGAAGGAAGUUAUCGUUGAAGGAAUUACAAGCUAAGGCAGAUCAACUCCCUGAAUUUCUCUUACUCACAAGAGGAAGAUUGAGUGUUAUCCCAGUGGGCUACGAACUCUACACAAAGUUGGUAGAAAUGGAAUGCGAGGGUGAUAUUCAAGAUGACUUGGACUGUGAAAUAGAUAGGGCACUAAUAAAUGUAAAGUAA